UGCUGCCAGCUGCCACUGAACAAAUAAAUACACAUUUCUUCUUAGUUAUUUGAUAAAACUUUUAUCACAUCAAUAAUAAUUUAUUAUUAUUACAUUCCUGAUUUCAGGUUAUAAUCUGACAAUCAUGUAGUCAGGGCGCAGAAUGUAGAAUAGUUUUUUAAUCUAUAAAUCCCGGAUAAUAAACUUUUCUAAUUUUAAAUCAAAAAGUAUUUAUGACCGAAGAUAAAGCUGUAUUUAUUGUAGUAUUUUCUUUUUGUUAGUAUAUUAGUUAGCUGCAUUUUUAAGUUAAACUAUGUUGAGACAAAUUUUGCUACUGUCUUCUUCAAAAGUUCAUGGCCACGAAUUUUUAGAAUAUGCAGCAAAUGAUAUUUGUGAAGUGUUAAAUGGAAACAAAGUAUCUACCGUAUUAUUCAUUCCAUACGCCUUAAGUGAUCAUGAUGCUUACUUAAAAAAAGUGGAAAUACCAUUCAAGAAAUGGGGAUAUUGUGUUGAGGGUAUUCACAAAGUAAAUCCUUUAGAAGCAGUUGAAAAAGCAGAGGCAAUAUUUGUUGGAGGUGGAAAUACAUUUAGACUUCUUAAAACUUUGUAUGAUUUAAAUUUGGUUAAGGCUAUUGCAAAAAAAGUCCUUAAAGAUGGUAUUCCAUACAUUGGUACAAGUGCAGGAACAAAUGUUGCAACUAGAAGUAUACAUACCACAAAUGAUAUGCCAAUUGUAUAUCCUCCUACAUUUGAAGCUUUAAAUUUGGUUCCGUUCAAUAUAAAUCCACACUAUUUAGAUGCUGAUCCAAAUUCAAAACAUAAGGGUGAAACAAGAGAAGAGAGAAUUCUACAAUAUCUUGAGGAAAAAGAAUCAAACACAGUUUUAGGCCUGCAUGAAGGAUCCACACUUUAUAUUAAAGAUAAUACAGUUAUCUUAAAAGGACUAAAAGGUGCAAGGCUAUUUAUAAAGGGAAAGGAUCCACUUGAGAUUGAUGUAGGAAGUAACUUAUCUUAUUUACUCAAAACAGAAGAGAACAUGAAAACGUAAUUUAAAAUAAGCGGUCUAGAUCUAAUUGAUUGUUUUACACAUUUGCAUAUUUUUUGACUUAUUAACAAAAUUAAAUAUUUACCAAUAAAA